CAUAACACCCCUUACGGACUAAAAUUGGCAGGUCACCCCAAACCCAACAAGUCGCGGCGGCCAGAGUCAGUUGAGAGAGGGAGAGUAGUCGGAAAAAGAAUCGGAGAGAGAGAGAGUAGAGUAUGGGAAGCAUCUUUCCGUCUCUACCAGCCAAGCGUUCAUUUUCAUCGACAAUGUCAUCCUCCUCCUCCGACCCGACCCAUUUCGAAAACGGACCCUCCAAGCGCUCCAGGCCACCCCACAAGCAGCAGCCUCCUCUCACUGUCCCUGCCGGCCACGUCGCCUUCCGCAUGCUCUGCCACGCCUCCCGCAUCGGCGGCGUCAUCGGCAAGUCCGGCGCCGUCAUCAAGCAGCUCCAGGUCGCCACCGGCGCCAAGAUCCGCAUCGAGGAGCCUCCCCAACCCGACACCCCCGACCGGGUCGUCGUCGUCGUCGCUCCCUCCGCGCUCCGCUCCAAAAUUGUCCUCGGCGGCGGUAAGGAGGAGGUUGAGGUGUCCAAGGCGCAAGAGGCGCUUCUGAGAGUGUUCGAGAGGAUUCUCGAGGUGGCGGCGGUGACCGGAGCGAUAGGAGUAGGUGUUGGAGUCGUAUCGUGCCGGUUUCUGGCGGAGGCAGCGCAGGUCGGCUCGGUGAUAGGAAAGGGCGGCAAGGUGGUGGAGAAGAUUAGGAAAGAGACUGGCUGUAAAAUUAGGGUCUUGAAUGAGAAACUGCCUAUUUGUGCUGCGCCUUCCGACGAGAUGGUAGAGAUAGAAGGGGAUAUUUUGGCUGUAAAGAAAGCACUUGUUGCUGUCUCUGGCCGUCUUCAAGAUUGUCCACCAGUUGACAAGACAAGGAUGACCGGAAGUAGGCCUAUUGAGACAGUUCCUCGUGAAACUUUACCUGAAAUUCGUGUGGAUUGCCUUUCACAGAGGAACACAGUGAUUUCCAGUUUGCCAAGCAGCUCCAUGAGCUAUGCUUCAGGAAUUUAUCCGCCUUCAAUAGAGGCUGAAAGGAUCCCAACACUAAAUACAAGAACGCUUCAGAAGGAAGUUACUUUUAGGAUUCUUUGUGCUAAUGAUAGGGCUGGGGGUGUAAUUGGGAAGGGAGGUGCCAUUGUCAGGGCCCUUCAGAAUGAGACUGGUGCUACUAUAAGUGUUGGAGGAUCUGUGGCCGAGUGUGAUGAAAGAUUAAUUACUAUUACUGCAUCCGAGAAUCCUGAGUCCCGCUACUCGCCAGCACAAAAAGCUGUUGUCCUUGUCUUCUCAAGGUCUGUGGAGGCGGGCAUUGAAAAGGGGAAAGACACGAGUUCAAAAGGUUCACCUUCUUUCGCACGUCUUGUUGUCCCUACAAGCCAAGUUGGUUGUUUGCUGGGAAAGGGGGGUGUAAUUAUUUCCGAGAUCCGGAAGGUAACUAGUACUGGUAUACGGAUAAUAGGUGGUGAGCAGGUCCCAAAAUGUGCUUCAGAGAAUGAUGAAGUCGUACAGGUUUCAGGAGAUUUUUCAAACGUGCAAGAUGCUUUGUACAAUAUUACUGGUAGGCUACGAGAUAAUCUUUUCUCCAGUACGGUGAAUAAUUCUGGAAGGAGGAAGAGUUCAACUGUGGUAUCGGAUAGCGGUCCUUAUGGAAGACUCAGUAAUCCUGCUCCUAUUGGAUUUCAGCUAUCAUCAUCAGUUGGUGUUACUCACAGUUUCAGUCGACAUAUUACUCUAUCUCAAAGUAUGGAUCACCUUGAACUCUCUCAUAAUUUAGAUCAUCCUUCUUCACCAAGGCCAUGGGCAUCACAGAUGGUUGCUCCAAGGGGAAUUUCAGAAACUGGUAGGGGUUUAACUUCUCUAAAAAGUGGCUCGGAUCUUGGCAGUGGUAGCAAAUCUGCUAUUGUGACUAAUACAACGGUAGAGAUCAUUGUUCCUGAAAAUGUAAUUGGCUCAGUGUACGGAGAGAAUGGCACCAAUUUGGCUCGUCUGAGACAGCGAACUGGUGCAUGGAAACAUAAGGCUGGAAUAAGCCUGGUGGCCUCUAAGUGUGUGUAAAAGAUCAAACAUAUGCUGGUGACACUAUAAAUUGAUUUAAGGCCAGGUUAGUGUCCAGAGAUUUUCACCAAGUCAUAGAGAUCCGGACAAGUUGACUCAGUUCUCAAUCCCUCUUGGUUUUGCAGUCAGUCAAGCAGAUAAAUCACUCUGUCAGAGAACAUGACUACUUUAUAUAGGACACAAUCUACGUUGAGUGUUCUGUGUACAUCCAAUUUAUUAUUAGCCAACUUGUAUCCUUAUUUUCCAUAAAAGAUCCAAGCGAUAUCCAUUAAGGUUUGGAAAGCUCAAGACUCUGUUGGACAUUAUGUAUCCAAACCAAUUAUAUUUCUGAUUUAAUAUAUGAACUCAAUGUGCUGUUAGAUAGGGAUGGUUGUCCAGUUACAUACUUUCCUUGAGCACAAAGACCAAAGUUCUAUGCAUCUUUAUGGGUAAGUUAUAUCAUCGUGUAUUGAAAUUUUCACCAUACGAAAGCUUUGUAUGGAAUUCUUACCUCAAAGUUGCAUAAAUCAAGAUGCACUGAUACUAAAACUGACCAAGGAACGUAACAUCACAGGCCGUCGCACUUGGCAUGGUAGAGCUACUAAGUCAAGUCAAAGCAAGUUACGCAACUCAAACCAAGUUACAUCAUUAGAACAUUAGUCAUGAACCAUCACUGUUCAACUAUGAUUCCAUUCUAGCUGUCAAUAUCUAAAAAGAGAUUGUAUUAUCAGUUUGUCUUGAUAAUAAUGUCUUAUUACUCUUCAUAAACAUCAUGUAUUAGUCGAGAAUUACGCUGCGAAAGAAAUGUAGCAACCUUCAACUGAAAUAAAUGAAGUAUAAUCCCAUGACCUAAAAUAUUAAUAGGUUUUUAGCCUAGAAUCACAAUCACACAAACAAUUAAUUGUACGUCGAAGUCUGCUAGUUCAUUUCUUCAAAGAAAUGGACUGAGAGCAAUCCGAAGUAGAUCAAUAUAUUACAGAUCCAUGAUUGACAUUCACGCAGCUCUUAUUUUAGAUCCAGAUGAAAUGAUCAAAGCGUCGACAGUAUCAAGAUAAAUGGAUCGGCAAACACAUCUAGUACUGGAAAUUGAAAAGGAAUGGGAGAGGAGUGGGACCAGUUUACCUUGU